AAAGUAAAUAUGGGAAGAGGGUGAGGGCAAUAUAGUCAGUACAAAAUAUUCAGCUGGUGCUGAAUUGGAGUUUGGAACGAGUGGAUGAAACAACCAAAAUUCAGUUCCGAGUCGGAGUGUAUAGGUCUCUGCCUGCUUCGAACUUGCUCAAAUUCAAAAGUACCCAGUUAGAAGGCAGUAUGGAUCCAUCAGAACUAAGGUAUUUGGAAGACGAUGAUACUCCCACAAUGAAAACAAUCAAGGGUGCAACUAUGGGUUUAGUUGCUGGAACUAUCUGGGGGACUGUGGUUGCGACUUGGUAUGAUGUGCCUCGUGUUGAGAAACAUAUUGCACUUCCAGGGCUAAUAAGGACCGUCAAGAUGAUGGGUAACCACGGCAUAACUUUUGCAGCAAUUGGAGGAGUUUACAUUGGCGUUGAGCAGUUGAUGCAGCAUUAUAGGAUGAAAAGAGAUUUUGUCAAUGGAGCUGUUGGUGGCUUUGUUGCUGGUGCCUCCAUUCUGGGCUUCAAAGGAAGGAGCAUUUCAACAGCUAUUUCUGCUGGUACAGCAUUGGCAGUCACUUCUGCAGCAAUUGACGCUGGAGGUCAAACCACCAGAAUUGACACUGGCAAGGAGUACUACCCUUACACCACCAAGAAAAGAUCCACUGUUGAGAGUUAAUUUCUUGACACUGUUGGUAAAAUGGAAGAUGCUGGCAAACUAAUGGGAAGAAGUUUUCAUGGUUUCUUGAAUGGCCUGUAUGUUUUUGGAUAUGUAAUCGUAUUCUUGAAUCUCAUAUCUACAGCUCUCUUGUUACUCUUAGUGCCUGAAUGGGUAAUCUAAAUAAAUACACUUGUCAUUUUUUUUUUCAAAAGAUCUUUUAGAUGUUUAUUUUUCAGUAUGAGACGGCUGUUGUUUUUCAUAUAGUAAAUUGAAACAGAGGCCAAGAAAAAUAAUUGUUUUGGUACUUUUGAAUGUGAGAGAAGGAUUAUGUGGA